CCAUCAGAAUCUUUUUCAUCCUUUUCCCAUUAUUAGAAAGUGGGUAUUGAAACCCUCAUUUCCCCUCUGUUCUCGACUCACACGCUUUCUUCUGCAACAAUGGAGGAUGGUUCAGCUUCACGGGUCGGCCCACGAUUCUUCAAAAUACUUCUGCAGGAAGACAUUGAUCAAGACCAGCACAUGCUGAUUCCCAUGAAAUUCAGCAAUGAGCAUUGCUAUGGUCUCCCAAGUAAGGUGACUCUCGAGCUCCCAAAUGGGGAUUCCUGGCUCGUACAGCUGGUUAGAGAUGAUGAAAGAAGGGUUUGGUUCAAGAAGGGAUGGCAGCAGUUCUCGCGACACUACAGCUUCCAACACGGCCACUUCCUGCUCUUCGAGCUUCAGGGGAAAUCCCAUUUCCACGUCGUGGUAUUCGGUCGAUCCGCGGCAGAGAUCGACGACUCGAGGUUCGCAGUCGAUCGCUCCUGCCCUGAAGAAGUAGCUCCAGGUGUUGGAAGGAUGAAGAAGGUGGGAGAUCCCAAAGGCAAAGCUCCUGCUGCAGAAUUUGCAGCCGGCGCGAACAUUCCCACGAAGCAGCCUUCUUUCAGUAAAGUGAUCAACAAGCAUUUCUCUUCUCGUGGCAGUCCUAAUUUCCCACUGGAUUUCAUCCGCAAGUACAUCACGAAAUCGAGCAUGGAGUUGCUGCAGCUUAGAGUUGGUGACAGAACAUGGGAGGUGAAGCUGUUGGCUUACGAUCACCACGGCUACAGUAUCCCGUCCAGAGGCUGGAUCAAGUUUGCCACUGACAACAAGUUGAACAAAGGCGACAUUUGCAGAUUUGAAGUCGCCGCCGCGAAGAAGACGCUCAACGUCCACAUCCAGAGAUUGGUGUAG